AUGGAAGCUAAUUUAGAGCAACUAGUUGUUGCAUUAAACAUAUCUUCUUUAUCUGCUGAUAUUCUUCAACAAAUAACAUUGCUUCUUCAAUCAAAAACUGAUGAAGUAUUACCAUCAUUCAUUUCACAAGAAUAUCAAUCGUUAUUUACCUUGGAACACAAGGUAUGGCAAUUACUUGGUGAAGAUUCUCGUGAAUGGUUUAAUGACUCAAACUAUUCAGAAUUUUUUCAAACACUUGGUUCAUUCAACAAAAAUAUGAUUUUUAAUCAAGAUAAUAUUAAAGAUGAAAUUAUAAUAUCCCUUCUUAUGCCUGAUACGAUUGAUCAGAUUAAUAGUAUAUUCAAACAAAUCGAACAAAGUAUUGAUGAUAAUGAUCCAGUAAUUACUUUUGCUAGUCUCUGGUUUGAUAAUCUUUCAUUUUUUAUACAUGAAUAUCCUCAAUUAGGUCAUUCACCUAUUAUAAUUCAAAUGAAUCAAUAUGUGGCAGGUCAUUUUAUUCUUAGUGAACAAUUUAAAUUUUAUCUAGGUCAACUACGACAAUCACCAUUAUUACAAUCACUAUUUACUGCUAAACAACUUUUCUAUAUGCGAACAUGUCCAUUUUCUUUGCAUGUCUACUUUCAUAGCAAUCCUUCAAGUUUUGAUUAUACUCCUGAUCAAAUUCUUCAAAAUAUUGGUAAUGAUUAUUUACAAAUAAUACAAAUUCAAAGUUAUACGAUUGAGUUAUGGAGUACAGAAUUACUUAGUUGUAUGACUCAGUUAAUUGGUUUUAUGCGUGCAUUUCUGUGGUGGAAUGGAGAAAUAGGAACAAAAUUUAAAAUACUUUUAUCAACAGAAAAAAUAUUAUGUGAAUAUAUACAAGCAAUGAUUCAUAUUACUGAUUAUGAAGCACAGUGUGGACGUAUUAUGUCACAAUGGAUUAAUAAUGAAACUAUUUUACUGGAUUCUGUUAUGAUUUUUUUAAUGCAUAUAGCACAAACACAAAAUAUAAAUUGGUUCUUUCGUUCGAUAAAUCAAUUACCAGAUAUACUUUUGAAAAUAGCUGAAUCAUCUAUAAAUAAUGAAAUAUGUUUGUGUGCUUAUGGAAUAUUAACUGAAAUUCUUACUGAUGAAGAUUUAAAAAAAUUGAAAUUUCCGGAUAAUAUAAGAGUUUAUUUUUUUGAAAUGUUUGAAAAGGCAUGGCAGAAUCCUGAGAAGAGGUACAAACAAAUGCCGAUUUAUUAUUUCUUACGAGGAUUUUCAAAUUUAUCAAAAAACGAUUACAUCCAACGAAGGACAGCUGAAUUAAAUAAAAUAUUACUUUUUAUCGAUAUGUGUGAUAAAUAUCCAAUUGUAUAUGAUAUUAUAUGGGCGCUUUCAUUUAAUCAAGAUAUUCAACAACAACUUCGUUCUAAUUCAGCAUUUAUGUCUAAAUUAACUCUUCUAGCCAAAGAAAGUAAAGAUGACCAAAUGAAAAAAAAUAUACAUGGAAUUCUUUGGAAUCUUGAAUUAAAUCGUGAAAUUGGUUCAACAAUAGUAAUUAAAGAUGAAGAAUUAUUUGAUAUUAUGAUUAGUUAUUCACAUGAAGAAAAAGUGCUUUGUAAACAAAUCUAUGAUGAAUUAAUUAAUUGUGGUUAUCGUAUAUGGAUUGAUUUUAAUCAAAUGCAUGGAAAUGUUAUGGAUGCAAUGGCACAAGCUAUUGAACGAUCACAUACAAUAAUUAUUUGUAUGAGUGAACAAUAUCGAAAAAGUAAUUAUUGUCGUGCUGAAGCACAAUAUGCAUUCCGACAGCAACGUAAAAUUGUCCCCGUUAUUUUACAAAAACAUUAUAGACCUGAUGGAUGGCUUUCAUUUCUUAUUGGUUCAUUACUUUAUAUAGAUUUCAAUAAAUACGAAUUUCCUGAAGCGAUGGUAAAGCUAUUUAACGAACUGAAAGUGGAAGAUAUGUCUAAGAUUAAUGUUGUGCCUGUUCGACCUAAAGAAGAUAUUGCUGCUAUACCUCCUACUCUAUCUGUGUCUUCACCAAAGAGAUCAGUAUCACCGACAUAUUCUCAGAAUAUUCUUGAAUGGACACAAACACAAGUACAGAAUUGGUUAUUAGAACAUAAUCUUGUUCAAAUGUCUCGUAUUCUUACGAAUUGUGAUGGUCGCAGUUUAAUCUACUUGAACAAAUAUAUAAAACAUUGUCCAAUACAACAAAUUUUGAAUUUAUUUCAAGAAGAGUCACAUCGAAGAAUAAAUGAAAGUAUAUCAUUAAUAGAGUUAUCCUGUUUUCAAUCGUUAAUGGAUCAACAAAAACGACUUAUUCAGUCAAUAGAUGUAAACACUGAACAAAAUGGUUCUCUAAUUUCUUGUUCGAUUCAUAAUGAAACGAGAGCAACAAGAAUGUGA